AUGUCUAUUCACUGGAGUUCAGAAGUGAUGAAAUGGGAGUAUCGCGAGUUACAAGCCACGGCUAUGACCGUGGAUUAUUCGGGCAACAAUGUGUUAUUAGCGGGGCGACGGUGGCUCGCGAUAAAACAGAUAACUCAGGAUGAGGAUUCUGGAGAUAUAGUCAAAAAAUAUCCUCGUCACAGCAAAUACGAUGCGGCUGGUGCUGAGUGGUGUCAGUCAUACCAUGGUCAGAAACUCUGCGCAAUCGCGAGUAACCAAAGAGUAGAUGUAUAUGAGUGGCGUAACGGCAAUGACUUGACAUGCAUUUGUUCUCUCCGUGGACACACUCGAGUAGUCAGUGACACUCACUUCCACAGACAGGAUCACAACCUUAUAGCAACAUGCUCUAUUGACACAUUCACUCAUUUAUGGGAUUUGAGAGAUGCAAGGAAACCUGUAGUAUCAUUGUGUGCAGUUGCUGGUGCCUCGCAGGUGCAAUGGAACAAAGUAGCCACACAUAUAGUGGCCACUGCUCACGAUGGUGACAUAAAAAUAUGGGAUUACCGCAAACAUUCUGCUCCUAUUCACUAUAUUUCUGCACAUCUUUGCAAAAUCCAUGGAGUGGACUGGAGCCCUCAUCAUGAAUACCAAUUGGUUACUUCUAGUCAUGAUGGAAGUAUAAAAUAUUUUGACAUUAACAAUGCAAGAAGACCAGAGAAUGUGAUAAUGACAAACUUUCCAGUAUGGCGAGCAAUAUACACUCCAUUUGGCAGUGGUCUGCUGACCAUAGGUGUAGGCUGGGGAGGGAUGCCUAGAGUAGAACAGGCUGGAGUGAUUGGUAUAUGGGUAGGUGGGGCACUGACACACCGACUUGUGGGACACACUGACACAGUCCAAACUAUGGUUUGGAGACCAAAUACCUCACCAUCCAACUAUCAACUAGUGACAUGGGCUAGAGACCAGUCUCUAAGAGUAUGGUCCAUGCAUCCCUCAUUAUUAAAGAUGUGCAAUCACUAUUUGCCUGAUGAUGGUGAAAAUGAUGAUGACAAUAAUAGUGACAAUGUUAGCUAUGCAUCUACAGCGGGGUCCACCACUGAUAUCUCUACAGGAGAUAACAAAGGUCAAGAUAUUGCAUUGAAUAAACUGCCGCACAAAACCAACACGUCGAUAGAUGAAGAAUUUGAGUCUAUCCGUGAGAUGGCGAAUAUUGAGGUAACAGAUAUGAACAUUGAGACACGGACGUGCCAGAUACACUCUGAGCGCAAUGGCUACGUGGCGAAUCUCCAAGUGACUUUCCCAAGAAAUGUUACAGAACAAACUAUACCAAAGUUUUCUUGGCUGUCUGGAACUAAUGUCGACAGUCCCACUACUAUUAAAAUAUUACAGUCUAUCAAUAGAACUGCUUACCGCAAGAAAAAGGAAGGUCACAGAUGUCUAUUGCACUGCUUGAAAACACUGGCUACAUCUAUAGACGAGAUACCAGUCAAAUCCAGUGACGAUACUGACUCAAUGAAGUCAAGUCAAAGAAGUCAGUCGGAAAGUGAAAACGCUGGUGACUCGUGCAUCCCGUUCCCUAGAACUUGUGGGGCCAAAUGGUGCGGAGUCAGUACAUUGGUGGUGUUCAAUAGGCCCCCGAAUGCUCGUCGCCUGUCGCUGAAGCACGAGACAGGCACUCCGCGGUCCAUGUCCUCCCUGUCGCUCACUCCGGGACUGUUUGGCACAACUGGAUACAACUCUGUGUCGCCCCACGCGACCACGACGCCGUCUCCAACAAACGCGUCCGGUUUUCCACAGCUGCAUCACAGACAUCCGUCGAAUUCCAUUACUACGUUCUAUUUUCAAGAUAGAUGGAAAGCACAGGGUCGUCGCGCAGGUAGCAUGCGAAGUCGGGGCAGUAUAUCUGGGUGCGUGGCACCACGAGUCGUUUUGUACGCCGCCCCCAACCUGUUUCCACUCAGUCGUAACCUCGCUGAAAAAUAUAUCAUUAACGCUGACAAUCCUAUCGAAAUGUGCGAAAAGAAUGCAAAAGUAGCUACAGAAGAGGGUGAGACAGACUUGGCGCAUGCGUGGGACCUGGCAGCUUUGACCGCGCGGUCACUGCGGGCGCGAGUCAUCGACCACCUCGUCUCCAGCGAGGAGAGCAUGGGCUGGGUCGGACACCCACUCUGUUGCAACCUCCUCCAAUCCUUAAUAUCUCACUACGCCAAAGCGUCGAACCUCCAGAUGGCUGCAAUGUUGGCUUGUGCUUUUUCCGUCUUCAAUGACACAAGCAACUCUAGUUCACAAUCUACAAUUAGUACGUCGAGUUAUGGUAACGGCACAUCUCCUUACAGUACAGUGAAUCAAUACAGUGAGAUAAGCGCAGACGGGUGGACUCUUCCAAUUGUACUGCGCAGUAACUCAUGUUCAGAAGCAGAGAACUUCUACACCGACUCUACGGUGUCAAAGUCCGAAAAAGCAUCGUCGUGUGUACUCGAUGAAGCAACUGUACAUCUGUAUCAUUGCUUUAAAAGAGUUUACGCAGAUAUACUGCAUCGCUGGCAGUUAAUUUAUAAAAAGACUGAGGUGCUGAAGCUGGUGAACGGCGACACAAGCUGCAGCAGCGGGCCGGGCCCCGAGCUGGCGGCGGAGUGCGCGCGCUGCGGCGCGAGCGUGCGCGGCGCCGCCUGCCCGCACUGCGCGCGUCUGGCGCUGCGCUGCGCCGUCUGCGCGCGCCCCGUGCGCGGCCUGGCCGCCGCCUGCCACUACUGCGCGCACGCCGGCCACGCGCUGCACAUGCUGCACUGGUACGUACACUACUACUACACACGACACACUACUAGUCGCGCCCCGUGCGCGGCCUGGCCGCCGCCUGCCACUACUGCGCGCACGCCGGCCACGCGCUGCACAUGCUGCACUGGUACGUACACUACUACUACACACGACACACUACUAGUCGCGCCCCGUGCGCGGCCUGGCCGCCGCCUGCCACUACUGCGCGCACGCCGGCCACGCGCUGCACAUGCUGCACUGUCGCGCCCCGUGCGCGGCCUGGCCGCCGCCUGCCACUACUGCGCGCACGCCGGCCACGCGCUGCACAUGCUGCACUGGUACGUACACUACUACUACACACGACACACUACUAGUCGCGCCCCGUGCGCGGCCUGGCCGCCGCCUGCCACUACUGCGCGCACGCCGGCCACGCGCUGCACAUGCUGCACUGGUACGUACACUACUACACACGACACACUACUAGUCGCGCCCCGUGCGCGGCCUGGCCGCCGCCUGCCACUACUGCGCGCACGCCGGCCACGCGCUGCACAUGCUGCACUGUCGCGCCCCGUGCGCGGCCUGGCCGCCGCCUGCCACUACUGCGCGCACGCCGGCCACGCGCUGCACAUGCUGCACUGGUUUUCCCAACACGACACUUGUCCAACAGGGUGCGGCUGCAAAUGCGUGAUGGAAGGCAACUCCGUGUGGAAAGGAGUCAAUAAGUACGUGUGACGACAUAUGUAUGUAACUAAUUUUAAACUGCUAUGUAAAUAUCAACACUUAAUUAUAUAUUAGAGUAGCUUUUUUUAUCUCAUGAAGCAUUUUACGGGCUUUGAGCAUUUUUUUAUACUGUAAAUGGGGAUAGUUUGUAUGCGUUAACUGCUCAACAAAAAAUAUUUCAACCAACUUACCAACUUGACAUGUGGCCUUCUAUUUAUUAUAGUUGACAACUAGUCAUAUUCAAUACUUUUAUAAUAAGAUAUUCAAUAUUUUUAUAAUAAGAGCAACGUAAUAAUUUGAAUUUUAUAUAAUCAAAACGAUCAACUGAAUUGUCAUGGUCGUCAUGGGAUGUUUUAGAUAAAUAAACAGGUAUCUCCAUUUGGGGUAUGAUGGCCAUUAAUAAAAUUAUGCUUUUAUAUUUUAGUGAAACAAUAAUCUUCGUCACUUUAACAAAGUUGUAAUAUUAAUUGUGUAAAUAUCUUUUACUACCCAUUAUGUUAUUAAUGAAGACUGCCAAUUUUAUACAAUCAAUUGUUAAUAAAUAAGUACGCAAUUUUAUAAAGAAU